CGACGGCCAGGUUCGAGCGACCUUUCGAAGAAUGACAUGAAUUCAACGAAAGGUUCGUGUAGAAAAAAAUUGAGAAGCAGAGAGACUCUACGGUGGGGUUCGUGUGGGAUCUAUCCGUAUCAAUGCGAAGAAGAAUCACUACAGGAUCUUUAUUCCUCGAGUCUCUUCGAUAUUCUGUAUACUUGUACUUUUACAGCGAUGGACGGUUGGUUUCUCGAAGCACACUACGGAUUGGUGUAGGUCCGGGUGAGGGAUCGUGCUUCCCUCCACUCGGCACAAACUACAAGCGCAUUGCAUUGCAGAGCAUAAUUUUUUGGCUUAUGUGAUCCGAAAGAAACUGUCGAGGAUGUACCUGCAUUCGUGUGAGAGCCUCUUUCUUCAGUUCUCAUCAGCCGAGUAUGUCAUAAGUCCCGAGGCUCAACAAGACGAGAAUUGUCCAGAUUACUCUAUUGCGAAAAGUACGUUCCGUGCAUCCAAAGGCGCUUUGUUUCGUUUUGGAACCAGGAUGAGUGGGGUAAGAAGGGGGCGAGUCGAGAUGAUUCUUUGAUACGCCUUGCAUGAAUCAACAGAACUUUAUCUGAAGAGUGAGGACAAGUUAUGACAUCUGUGCAACGGCCAUGGCAAGAAAACGUGUGUUAGUGUUGCUCGUUCGAAGACGCUAGAAGUUGAGGAUGUUGUUUGAGAUCCUCCACUUCUAGCGUCUCUAAACUUACACAAGGAAUAUGUCUGCGACCAGUUGAAUAACUUCCUUUUGAAAGAUCCACACAAUUGACUCGGUAUCCCAUUCUCUCUUUGCGAUUUACUUGCCCCCUCCAAAGCAAUCUGAAAUUCCGUAGCGUUUAAUUGGUACACACCAGCCCGAUCAUGUCUUUUGAUAGAUGGUGGCCAACCCCAUAAUAUCCCUGACCAAGGUAUAUGUCAGAACACAGCAAAUUUUCAUUCACAGCUCAAGUCUACUUAUGGAUUCUAGAUGAAAUCCCCGAAAUAUCAGAAGAUCUGUAUUGAACUACUUUACCCAGGUCAUGGGGAAUGGUCUUGUGUAGAGAAGAUGACAAUGCGCAGCAUUGAAAAAAAAUACUUAUAUAAUGUAAAUUCUUUCAUAAGCUUCUAUUAUGAUGAACAGAG